AUGAUGACAGAAACGAAUGUCGAGGCUCCAUUGGCCGCGACACCACAGCACCGAAUAUUCCUGUCCCCACUGGAUGCUGCCUGGGACCCUUCGUUGCCCACUGAAGACAAUGAUGAAUACUGCUGGACACCUCUGCAGCUCGCUGCUAGAAGUGGAGACGUACAGAUGGUGCGGGAGAUCCUCGCCUUAAACUCCUCAGCUGUGAACGACCCUCCACGUGGUUACUAUGGCCAAACGGCGUUACAAGCUGCCUGCAUGCAGGGACAUGAAGAGAUUGUAAGAUGUUUACUUGAUGCUGGAGCCGAUGUCCACUUCUGUGGCGGUAAUAACUUCCAGCGCACUGGGCUUCAGAUUGCCUGUGGGCAGGGGAGUGAAACUAUUGUUCAAAUGCUUCUGGCAGCGGGUUCAGAGAUCAACAUGAGUCCAGCGACGAACCAUGGCAUUCGUGUGUUGACACAAACCUACCAAACACCUCAUUCUGCGCCUAAAACCUUUGCCGUCGCUCGGUACAAUGGGAGAACUGCACUGCAAGGAGCGUCAGAACGCGGACAUCGUAGCAUCGUGAAGCUGCUCCUGGAACUUGGGGCAGAGGUAAAUGCUCCUCCGUCACCCAUUGCCGGUCGCACCGCAUUGCAGGCAGCAUCUGGAGGGGGGUUUGGAGCAAUCGUGCAGCUGCUGCUGGAACAUGGCGCGCAGGUAAAUGCCCCAUCGGCUAGAUACAAAGGAAUCACGGCUCUUCAGGGAGCAUGCUUGCAGGGCAACCCUGAAAUUGUAGAGCUGCUGCUCGAGUCCGGUGCUGAUGUGGGGGCAGGAGGAGGAGGGUUCAAUGGCGACGGAACAGCUUUGCACGCAGCCGCUGAGAAGGGAUACAUUGAGAUUGUGAAAAAGCUUGUUGACAUCGGCGCGGACGUUAAUUCAAGUUGCAACCGCAGAGGACAGACUCCAAUCCAGGGUGCUAUGUCUGGCGGACAUGAAGAGGUGGUCAAAUAUCUCCGAGACAUGGGCGCUGUGGGUAGGACUGGGGGAGGCAUCUUCAUUUUCAAUCAUUCAGCUGGCCAGUAA